AUGGAAACCUUCUAUUUCUUCCAAUGCCUUGUGGGGAAGCGUCCUGUUGAUGCUCUUAAUGGUGCUGGCAAUAGUACUUCGAAAAAGGGACGUGGUUCUGGCAAUAUGCAAAACCAAUAUGCUAACAGGGCAUUUGAAAGCCUAUCUCAUGGAGGGAGAAGUGGCUCAAGGGGCAGCGGCAGGAGCAGGGGUCGUGGUGGUCGGUGGAGGUGGAGUGAUCUGGAGCAGCAUGCCAGUGUGCCGAAAGCCGGUGCUUGUCGGGCAAGAUUCCACCUACUUUAUAAUGUUGGGGAGAAGUUGACAUCUUAG